AGUUUGCCUGCACUGCCACUGAAUGCUACUGCACUCAACUCUCCUGCAAAGCUCAAACUCCAAGCAUUGCUGUCGCCCUGCAAAUGAUCUGAGAUCAGCCUACAGCCCCAAGGUAUCUUCAAUUCAAUGUUGCACAAUGGACACUGAGGAGCACCACAACAACUCUUUGGACCCUGGUUACGACUAUGACUUCAAUGGCUCUUUCCACUGGUUCAUGCACCACUGCACUCUGGAACUCAACUAUGACACGAGGCGGGCAAUCCUGUUCCUCCUGUACCUGGUCAUCUUUGUAGCAGGGCUGAUCGAGAACGUCCUGGUGGUGUGGAUCAACUGGAGGCGGCACUCCAAGAGCACGGUCACCUUUUGCGUCCUGAACGUGGGGCUGGCAGACCUGGUGCUGGUGCUGACCAUCCCUUUCUGGAUGCUCGAGGUUGCCCUCAACCAGGUCUGGGUGUGGGGCUGGGCCCUCUGCAAGCUAACCCACCUGGUCUACACUGUCAACAUGUACAGCAGCAUCUUCUUCCUAACGUACAUGACGGUGGAGCGCUACCUAGCCAUCGCCAGGCCUUCCCAGACCUGGGGCCUCAAGGAGAAACGGAAACGAGGCAUCGUCUGUGCCUGCCUCUGGACCUUCUCCUUGUUCUUGACUCUGCUGGAGAACGUCCAUGUGGAAUUGAUGGAAUGGGACGAGCCAGGAUGCUACAUGUUCCCGGCCUACAACUAUAACGAAUGGUACGCAAGCAUCACCAUUCUCUCUUUGACCUGCAGCUGCUUGAUCCCUGCCGUCGUCAUCACCAUUUUUAAUUUUCUCAUCGCCCGCGCUGUGAAGGCCACUGCUGGUUUUGAGGGCAGGAGGAGUUGCUGGGUGGUGCAUGUCUACUCUCUGGUUUUCAUGAUCUGCUGGAUCCCGCGCCACAUGGUGAUCUUUCUGAUGCUCCUGGAUGACCUGUUGCCCUAUGCAACGUUUAGCUGUAACUUUGUAGACAUGCUCUACUUCUCUUACUGCAUCGUGGACUGUAUCUCGCUCUUCCACUGUGUGGCCAACCCCAUUAUCUAUAACUUCCUGAGCAAAGGCUUUAGGAGCAACCUGAUCAACGCUGUGGUUCGGUACAUCCCCAAAGAGAUCGCCAACCCCAAAGAGAAGGAAGGUUCAGGGUCCAGCACAAGCCAUUCUGUCGUGGUGGAAAACGCCACUAACGAUAUACCCCCCAACCAAGAACAAUGGGCAAAAUGAGCCUAAAACCCAUCAUCCUUUUCAACUGCCAUUCGUGUUGGUAGUGUUAUAGUGAAUUUUUAAAUGCAUUGAAAGAGAGAGAACUGAAGCACUGCUAGAAAUACAUAUACUGCUUAUAAUGUGUGAUAUCUUUGUUUUGGCUGUAAACUGCGUCCUAUUUUGAGGAAAGUCGAGUUAGACGUGCCCGUAAUCAGAGCAGUGAAAUUUCACACCAACUAUGAAGCUCAACACAGAGGAAAUUGAGGUUUAUCAUCACUGGGGGGAGGAAAACACCAAGAAAUUGAUCAUUUUUUGGCUUCAGUUUUUUUAUUUUAUAUUGAGGCAUCAUAAAAGCAUCUGAAGGGCUGUAUUUGCAGAAUUACAUUUAAAAGUUUGCGUCUAACAAAAUUAGAGGCAGUUGUCAUAACAAUACGGUUGAAGAGAAAAUGUAAAUAACAGGUAGAUGCCAGUUAAAAAUGCUCCAAAAAAUACAAAGUAGCCUGUCCUCAAAUGUGCAUGUGUAAUGAAUUGUAAAACAUUACCGUACUGCGUUUUAUUGGGUUGUGACGAGACAGUGUAGUGUAUAGUCUCCCACCUGCAUUAGCAACUCAGAAGCUUUUUGUAUUUUCAUAAUAAACUUUUCCUACUGGC